CAGGACUUCAUUCCAAAAAUUAAAGACCAUAUUCUUUCCCACUUGCUGGGUUUAGAAUAUGAUGGCGACGAACAAGAUUUCAUGGAUGUCGAGCGAAAUGAUGUGUGGUUUAUCAACAAUCUGAACAGCAUUUUCCAACCUAAGCACUUUCAAAUCAAUUAUACAAUGUAUGAUGUCCAUAGGGAUCAAGACAUGCUCAAACCUGGAAAUGGCUCUACAAUGAUGAUGUUGUCGAGAGAAAGCAGUGCAGGUGCUCACCCUUUUUGGUAUGCACGGGUGUUGGGCGCAUUUUGUAUUAAUGUUCUUCAUGUUGGCCCCAACACUCAUAACUGCUCACCUCAGUCCAUGGAGGUCUUGUGGGUGCGAUGGCUCGGUGUGGAGCCACAGUACCAUUGGGGCUUCCGAGAAGGCCACCUACCAAAGAUUGGAUUUAUUCCCGACUCACCUGCUGCCUUCAGGUUUCUUGACCCAUUGCUAGUAUCAUGUAAGGCAUGCCACCUUAUCCCUGCUUUCGCUGGUCAUCAUACAAAUGACCUUCUCAGACAUGGUCCCUCUGCUGCAAGACUGCCUGGAGAGGUCGACAACUGGGCUUCGUUUUAUGUUAACAUGUGA